AUGGGCAGAGAAAACAUCAUGCACUACCAGUUGCAGCACGAUCACGAGACCGACAUCCCUCGUGACGUGGCUGCCGCCAAGGCCGCCCAGCCCGGGCGGCUGCCCGCCAAGCCGGCCGCGGCCCACGACAACUUCCCCUUCACCUUGUCCAAGGAGUCGUCCGUGCAGGACUUCUUGGCCAACAACAAGUACUUCGUGGACUCCAUCCACCACAACCACUCCAACCAGAUCUUCGAGUUGAACGGCAAGGGCCAGUCGCCACACACGCUCUGGAUCGGCUGCCUGGACUCGCGCGCCGGCGAGGCGUGCCUCGCCACGUUGCCCGGCGAGAUCUUCACCCACCGCAACAUCGCCAACAUCAUCAACGCCAACGACAUCUCGUCGCAGGGCGUGAUCCAGUUUGCCGUGGACGUGUUGAAGGUGCGCAAGAUCAUCAUCUGCGGCCACACCGACUGCGGCGGCGUGUGGGCCUCGCUCUCCAACAAGCGCAUUGGCGGUGUGCUCGACCUCUGGUUGAACCCCAUCAGGCACAUCCGCGCGGCCAACGUCGAGCUUUUGAACAGCUUGAAGGACGACCCGCCGGCCCGUGCCAAGAAGUUGGCCGAGCUCAACGUCAUCGCGUCCGUGCUUGCCUUGAAGAGACACCCCAGUGCACUGAUGGCGUUGAAGAAGGGCGACAUCGAGGUCUGGGGCAUGAUGUACGACGUCGGCUCCGGCUACCUUUCGGAAAUCGAGAUCCCGGACGAUGAGUUUGAGGACUUGUUCCACGUGUCCGACGACCACGAGGACGAGCACAAGGCCCACUGA